AUGGCCGGGGGCAGGUAUAGGCCACCCGCGCUGCGUGCCCUUGCUUCAGGUGGAUCUCCUCCUAAUGAGGUUUCUCCCUCUAUCACGACUCCAGUGGAUGGCGGCACUUUGCCUCCUCCUACGACAUUUCCCCAGGGUUUUAGGAGGGCCAGGGCUGGAACCCUACCUUCUAACGUCCAACUCGCCGCCCAGCGCUUUGCCGCAGCCUCCAAUUCUCUAAGCAGUCUGCCUGCUUCCAGUGAAUCACUUGUCGACCAGCCUCAGCCUCAGCCUCAGCGCCAACUUCCUGCCACUCCCACUAAUAUGGUCCCUGCCCGUCCAGGUCUGCGACACUCCGCGUCUGUCGCAACUGGCGUCCCAACGAGCAGCCGUCUUCGUUCAGAGUCGCUCACACUCCCAUCGGGUGGUCUUCAGAACGCGUUUGGACCGUCUCUAUUUUCCUCGUCGUGGCUGUCAUCGGCCAACGGCAAUGGUUUUCCAGUGUUAGACGAGUUGCGUUCUGUCACCUCUGCAGACUCAGGUGCUGAUGACUUUGAUGUGCAUACUCUGGACUAUUUGGGUUUGGAUGAUGGCCACCGUCCUCCUCCAGCUGCUACAAUGUCUGAGUUGCGUCAUCAGGCUCAAGCUGCAAUUGCUGGUAACCUUGCUGGCCAUCCCUCUCGGCUACGAGCGAGUACCGUCUCGAAUCCUUAUCGUUCAAGACCAUCGCUUGCAGGCUCUCUUUUGACCACUCCUUCGGCAACAGAGGAAGAGGAAUACCUGGACAGUUAUGAUGAACAGGCAUUCAACCGCCCGCCUCUCACGCCUUACGAUUCGCAAGGUGCUGAUGGCUCUUACUCAGCAUCUUACGUUGCCAAAGGUUUUAAGCAGACGGAUCAUCUUGCAGCUCCCACCAGACCACGAGCAAUAUCUGUGGGUACACUUGAAGACCCACUCCUUUCUCUCCAACGACGUGCGGGUGUAGUAGACGCCCAGUCCUACAUUAAUGAGCUUACCCAUCAGAGUUCAGGACUGUCCGUGGUGUCCAGCAACGUCGGAAAUCCGACUAGCAUCUUGAAAGCCGACAAGAACAUGGCUUCUCGAGUCGGACCAUCUGUUCAUUUCCCAAACGGGGGUGAAGCGCCACCCAGUCGCGCUUCAGCGUAUCUACUUGCCCCUGGUGCACAAAAUCGAUCCGUUUCGCCCAAAUCGGAGGCUCCGUCGUCACAAAUCCAAACACCUACACGUUCUCUCUGGAUCGGCAACCUGGACAGUGCUGUGACAAGUGAGCAGCUCAUUCAUGUCUUUGCUCCUUAUGGUGCCAUAGAGAGUCUCAGGCUGCUUCCGGAGAAGGAAUGUGGAUUUGUUAACUUUGUGGACCAGGCUGAUGCCAUUCGUGCCAAAGAAGAUGUUCUCAACCGUCUUGGUGGAAAUAUUGGCAUGCAAAAUGGUCAGACCGUGCGUAUUGGAUUCGGAAAGGCUGAAAGUGCACCUGUUGCUCCGGCAAAGGGUACCCCCGCCAGUCCGGGACCUACUUCUCCGGGAGGCGCCGCAAAAUCCACCAGUGCAAAUACCUCCAUGGGUGGUAUGGAUGCUCAGCUACAGUCUACUCCCACGAGAGCUUUGUGGAUUGGUUCUAUCCCAUCGACUACCACGCCGGCGAUAAUUCUUAGUGUUUUCAGUCCGUAUGGUCCCAUUGAAUCCGCCAGAGUUUUGACCCACAAGAACUGUGGAUUCAUCAAUUUCGAGCGACUGGAUGAUGCGGUACGCGCCAGAAAAGCUUUGAAUGGUCGUGAUGUGUUGGGCAGUGACGUCGGUGCCAUUCGUAUCGGAUUUGCUAAGGUUCCUGUCAAGAAUGGGCAAGAGGGUGCUGGGCCGGAUGACAAUGGUUGUGUCACCGUUCAAGGUGUUGGUGAUCUCAGUGUCAACGCGACCAUUCAAGCCCUUCGCAUGGUGAAAGGCGCCUCCACGAUUCCUGCCGACCAGCAAGUUCUGAGCGGCGCUGUCGAGAAUUACAGAUCAAAUCUUUUACUCAGCAUGAUCGGCACAGGCUCGCAUACGGCUGCCUACAUGUCUGAUGGCCUACCAAAACCUGCAGGCUGGACAUCAAUAGUAACUGAACAGCAGAUGAUCAUGAUGGAGCUCAGUGCCGGUAGUAAUGACGCGGAGGCUGAUAUUCAAGCACUUGCUGAAUUUCGGCCGCCAACGAUGUAUUAUACGACACUCCCCUUGGUGUCGGAACGAACCAGCAAUAGACGGUGGGACGCGUCCAAACUACGCGAGCUGCGUAAACGUCUGGAUUCGGGCACCAUGGGCACUGAAGAGAUAGAUGCCGUAGCUACUGAUUUCCUUGAUGGCGAGAUUGUGGACCUUGCCUCGGACUGGCUGGGUAACACGGUGGUCCAGAAGCUUUUCGAAAGAUGUUCUCCCGUACCCCGCUUUUCUAUGCUCGAACGUAUCACGCCGAAUCUUGCUAUGAUUGGAAUUCAUAAGAAUGGAACUUGGGCGGCGCAAAAGAUCAUUGAAUGCGUUCAAACACCCGAAGAGAUUGCCUUAAUUGCCCAAAACUUGAGGGCCUAUGCCCCUCCACUCCUUCUUGAUCAGUUUGGGAAUUAUGUCGUUCAAUGCUGUCUGCGGUUCGGCGCCCCCGCUAACGACUUUAUUUUCGACGCUAUUGUGGACCGUAUGUGGGAAGUUGCACAAGGACGCUUCGGAGCUCGUAGCAUCCGAGCAUGCUUGGAAAGCCCUCAUAUCACUUUGAGCCAGCAGCGCCGGAUUGCCACCGCUAUCAUCCUCAAUUCGAUUCCUCUGGCUACGAACCCCAACGGUGCAUUAUUGCUCACUUGGCUUCUGGAUACCUCUGGUUUCCCGUCCAGAUACAACCUCCUUGCUCCUCGCUUUACCCCUCAUCUGUCUCACUUGUGCACCCACAAACUUGCAUCUCUAACGGUACUGAGAAUUGUUAACCAAAAGAUCGAGCCCGACGCAUCUAGACAGAUUGUAGAAGCUCUUUUUUCUUCUCCGGGUGACCACGUCCUUACGGAUGUACUCGGCGAUCAGGUCAAUGGGGUUGCGGUCGUUCACAAAAUUAUCACCAGUCCCUUCAUUGAUCAUUUGGAGAAGUACGAAUGCAUCGAAGCUACGAAGCGUGUCUUGAUCGAGCUGAAAGUCAUUGCGACUCAGGCGUAUAGGAGGCUGAUUGAAGAGGUUGGUCUGCCAAUUCCGAAUUUCCAGCCCACAUACACGAGCAGCGGGCCUCCGUCAGGGAAACCAAAAAGUGCUACGCAGAGUCAAUUCGGAAUGACAGGACUUCCAUCUGGGUAUCCGUCCAACGAUCAAGGGUUGGCAUCUAUGAUGGCAGCGCUGCAGAUGGGUGGCCAAAAUUCUCAGGCGGGCCCUCAACAGCUCCAUGUCGAUCCUGGUUACGGCAAUUCCAACUCUCCGGGAUUGCGCCGUGUCCCCAGCUCCUCUAACACCUUUUCUUCAUCCGCCGACCCUUUCAAUCCUUUCGGGAUGCGGUCGCCAGACAUGAACGAUAUGAAUCCUCGAGCUGGACUACAGCGCGGGAGCAACGGUAUGGCGUCAACCUAUGGUGCACAUUCCCCCAACCUUGGUGGCCAAGGCGGGGCCAUGAUAGGGAUGGGUCAGCCUGCUUAUAAUGUCCCUCCGGCACAGACCAUGCCUCCUCAGCUCUAUCAAGCAUACAUGUAUCAAAAUUACCCUCAGAACCCACAAAACAUGGGCGCUUUCCACUCUUAA